CGCCCAUUGGUUUUCACCUGCGAGGACCAACACGGCUCAACCGCCAGCGGCCAGCCUGCGUUGUCGAGGUGCGCCGCAGCGUAGCUGCCAUUACAUAGGGGACUGUUAUUGGAGACCAUGACCAUGACUCGGUGUUUCACGCUGCACUCUCUGCUUUCCGUGCUGUUUUGGCACCGUCUCCAUUGCCGCCUGCCAUGGCUCGGUCGCGCGGUCGGGCAUUAUUGAGCAGGUCUCCGGGCCUGUGUCUGCCCGGUUCUCUUGGCCGAGCCUUAUUGUUUCCUGAGUUAUUCUCGUCUAUACCGCCCGUCCUGGCCCAGUUCUUCCUGCCCCUGGCGGCCCGCGAGGCGUGGCGUAUCGGUGAGACGCACACAAUCCAAUACAAUGCGAAGCUCACCAACUACACCAUCGCGCUAUGGCAGCAGGAGCUGACUGGCGGCUCGGCCAAUCUGGGGCCUACUCUUGUUGGGAAGUGGCGGCCAGGAGGGCGUCGACUGCCAAGCUUCCUUGGUUACGCCUGAGCCAGAAACUAUCUCGGGUCCCGAGAAGCAGUUGGAUUGGGAGGUGCAGCUCUACACCUUUGAAUUUGCCGAGUCGAACAUCUUCUUC